CAAUAAUUUCCUACUCUGCCCCCGAAGGCUCGUGAAUCCAGUCGCGAUUAGUUCCGAUCCGGACGGGUUGUAACGCGGCUAACGACGCUCUCACGACCUAUCGCACUUAACUCAACCACCACGUGUGGUUCUUACGAACGCGUCUAUAAAAUUGAGGAGAUUGUUAUGCGGAAGGAGAAUCCGCGACGGGAGCUCUCAAUAAUAUGUGCAAAGGGGAGCUAGCGUUGUUACUGACAUGGGGCCUAGUUUUUCGCCCAGGCCUGUGCGGCGAGCUCGUAAAAGUGGCGUAUCAACCGUCCAACAUAUUAGACGAUUACACCGCGUACCGUCACGUCUCAAUAAUUCAUUACAAAGUCCCUCGAAACGCGGUUUCGGCUCUCUUCAAGUUUACAAUAAAAGAAGAGAAAACCGGUGGAAUCGGAUCAUGCUCGCCUCGAAAUGUUUCCCUCUACUUAAAAUCCGGCAGCAUUCCACUGGUCCAUCCGGACGGCUCAAAAACGGCAGCGAAACUUUUGAAAAAUCGUCGACAAUAUUACAGUCAACGAGUGACGAGCGACAACGAAGAAUAUCUCAUGAAAAUUUUCGCACCUGCCCCCGGUGAUUGGUACUCGAUUGCUUUUCGAUCAUGGACCGAUCCUGACGCUGAACAUAUCUCUCAACAAGGUCUCGGAGCCUCCUGUGAUACCGUGCUGGAUGCCGAAUUUUUUAUCGAGUCUCCAGCGUCAUACGAAUUGAUAGCCGACAGAGAAGAGCACGUUAUCCAAUUGAACGAAAAUCAAGACUCGGCGGUGAUAGAGUUUUUAAUGAAGGAAAAUUGUGAACGGUCGAACGUAACUCUUUGGUCAUCGUGCGACAAUGAUUGCAAUAUACUCGGGAGCAUCACGAGUGCGGAAAGACUCGGCAACGUAACGAUAAACGACACAAAGGCGGCCUACCUCACAUUUAGACCAAACGCAGAUUCUUUUCAUUAUUUGAGUGUGCGACUCAUGUCGGGCAAGGCCUCCAAUAUAUCCUAUAUUUUACCAGGAUCGAGCAACGAUCGUCCUCACCAUGAUAAUUCGAGCGACUUCCGAAUAGUACCAUUGCAGAGAAAAUCAUUGCCUGAUUUUUUUUACUUCGAUUACGAGCACGUUAUUGACAACUCUAGUUCGCCGGUAAAUCUCAGCUCAAAAGGUAUCGUGGCUCUGAAGUUUGGAGUUGAGCCGAUUUCGGACGUUGGUGGAACAUUGACCGUUGGUAUUAAACUGGCCAAUGGCGACAGGAAGGAUGUUAUUGUUUUCGGAUGUGUCUCUCAUGGUUAUUAUUCGAGUAUCACCGCUGGCGGUGGUUGCGUUCGUAACGAUAGAACGACAGCUCCGGAUUUGUUAACUCGAAGCGUCGAGCCAUCGAUGGUUCACGUGCCGUAUCCGGAGCCGGGAAAUUGGUAUUUAACGUUAAAAGCGUUCGCCGUCAAGUCGCCGUGUACCUGUUGGGAAACGUGUGAUAAUACAUCGGCUUGCAAAGACUGUCCGUGUCUUAAGGAAACAUCAGCGAACGUGGAGAUAAGCGUUGGAUCGUCGCCAUGCGUUGAGGGACGUUGCAGCUCGAACGGACAUUGCGUUAAUUAUUUGAACGGUGGUUUUAUAUUUUCCGCGUGUCAAUGCACAGGAGGAUAUCGUGGUUUCGAUUGCGCCGACGAUACGUACGUUUUAACGGGAGGCGGAAAACUCGUACGUUUGUUGAUGCUGACCCUCAGUAAUUUAGCUUUCAUCGGCUCAAUUUACGUAGCCAUUCGACGCGAAUAUUACACCGAGGCAAUCGUUUAUACGGCGGUCAUGCUAUUCUCGACCCUCUAUCACGCGUGCGAAGCCGGCGACGAUGUUCACAAUUACUGCCUCCUCAAAUUGAGCAUUUUACAAUUUUGUGACUUUUUCAAUGCCCUCUUGUCGAUCUGGGUAACGCUCGUAGCAAUGGCUUCCUUCGGAUCGAAACUAACGAGCUUUUGUCAAUUGGCAGGUGCUAUCGUAAUCGCUCUCGGUUCCGAGCUCAAUCGUACCGCGUUGUGGGUCUUUUUAUUGCCAGCUGUUACGGGAUGUCUUCUUAUUUGCAUAUCAUGGGGAUCGCGAUGUAAAUCCAGACGAACCUUUCGUUAUCCGUUACAUCCCUAUCGAAACAUCGAUUUACCAGCGGGCAUACUGCUCGUCCUCGUCGGUCUUGUUUGUUACGCUUUCCUUCAAACCCGGCGCAAUUAUCAUUUGAUACACAGCCUUUGGCACGUUUGCGUUGCUAUCGGCGUUGUUCUCCUUUUACCGGCUAAGAAAUGCAUGAAAUAAUAUCACGACUUUCUCGGAGACUCCUCAAUCUUCCUGUCAUUCCGAGAUUUAUAUUUCACAACGACGAUGUUUAUCGUGACAUUGUCCGCUCCUUCCGAUAGUUCAAUUCUUUUUCCGUGAUCAGCGGGCACCUUCUCCUCGCGUCGCGACUUUCUCAAACGAGGCAUACUUUAGAUAGCUCAAUUCAUUGACGCUGAUUCACUAUUUUUUUUAUUUUUAGAUUAUUAACCGAUGGAUCAUUGACGACUUGUGCUCGUCUUGAUUAUGCAUUUUUUUAUUCACCGCAAGUUUUAUUUUUAGAAAGAAAAAGUCUGAAACUAUUCGUGCUUUCUUUUAGAAAUGUUAUACGUAUAUUUCCCGGAACUUUUCCGGAGUCGUUGAAUCGAAAUUAUAGACACAAUAAAAACUUUCGUCGGAUCGUUGUUUUUAUCAAAAAGGUUUGAUGAUUUUGUCAAAAUGCAUGAUGUCUAGUCAAGUACAUCAAGUUCUUGAAAUCCUUGAAAAAUUCGUCAAUUCUGUCUCAUAAAUGUGCCGAAAUCUUCAUUUUUUCCGCUAUUAUCUUUUUGAAAUACAACCGUGUCGAAGAUUUUUUUUUACUUUUUUUUUUUUUUUUUAUUCACCUUGUUAUAAUCGUUAAAAAUCCAAUGUAUAUUUCAUUUCGUUGCUUAUAUAUAUGAACACAUUUUUGUUGUUUUUUAUUAUGCGAGUUUGUUAGUGUUGUGAAAAUUCAUGACGUACUCGAUCGCGUUAGUCUCGAGUCACAAUAUCUAUUGAAGCUUUCAAGAGAUUCUUCUCUGCUCCGUAUCACAAGGGAGAUACAGAGGAGUUUUUGGUCUUUUGAAACUUGGACUUGCCUCGCAAUUAUCUGGUAAUUAUUCGAUUCGAGAGAAUAAAAAAAAAUGAAUAAUUAGUGAUAUAAACUGAUUUAUUGACGAAAUGCUGUAACAAUGUGUUGAGAACGCGUGAAAUGUAAUUUCAGCGGUGUUAGUACAACAAGAGUGAGGAGUAUGUAAAUACGUAAAUUAUUGUAUUAUACUCGUGUACCGAUUAAUUGAAAAAAUGUAUAUAAAUAUAUAUAUAUAUAAUUUCUAAAUCGCUGGCCUCUCGUUUGCGCGUCUCUCAGAGUGUGCGAAUUAAAAGUGUUUCUUUUGUCCAGUUCACUAUGGAGACACCGCUCCUCGCGGUGAAGUUUAGAGUUUGUACAUACGUGUAUUAUCUUUGUACAAUAAAUAUAGAUAUAUAUACUGUU